AUCAUAGAACCAUUGAGGUUGGGAAGGACCUUUAAAAUCGAGUCCAGCCACAUUGGGAGGAGCAAGGAGUGGCAUCCCUGAUGGUAUGAGGUGAAACCCCCAGCCCUGGGGAGGAAGAUGAACUGUCUGAGGUGCCCUGGUAGGUCCCACUGCCCUGCAGGGCCUGGCAUCCUGAUGGGCAUACCUGGCUUUUCCCCUUGUCCGAGGCCUCCCUGUGAGUCAGUCCCAGGCUCAAUCCUCUUAGUCCCUGAGGCCAGCUCAGCAUCCCCAGGGCUCUGGUGCUCAGGGACACACCUGAGGGAGGGGCAGCCCUGGCCAUGGCCCAGUCUGACCCAGUUCAGGACCCCAUGGAAAGGGCUUUUAGUCAAGAUGUGACCAGUUUUGGUCACUUGUACACACUGGGAGUCAGUGACGUGUGCCUGAGCACUGUGGGUAGGGUCACCUGUGUGUGAUGUGGAGGGUGAGGGGCUCCAGACUGCAGUUCCCCAGCACUGGGGACAAACACCUGAUGUUUUCACACUGUUUGGAGUCAGCAGCUGGUAUGGGUUGCUUGUCCCCCUUCCCUCACCCUGUGUAAGCCCCUGGGUGAUGGGCAGGACCCACUGGCACUUUUGGGGUGUUCCUGUGUCCGUAUCCAUCCCCAUGGGUGAUUUCCCCCGGGCUAUGUUAUCACUUCCACUGUUCCCUUCUUGGCACAUGGGCUCCAGCACCCUGGAGUUUGCCAGGGCGUCUGUCCCCACUUAUCACCCCAGCUGCCCCCACCCUUGUUCUCCAACCUUUCCACGGGUGACUCACCCAGACCAUACAGGGUUGUUUCUCAGUCAUUCUGUGCCAGCAUUUCUCUCUGCUCCCCCCAACACCUUUUAAGACAAAAUUGGAACAAAGUGCAUUUCUGAGGCUGGGAUCUGGGCAGGGGUGACCUGGUGCCGCAGAGCUGGGAGGUGCUGGAAGGGAGCAGGGCUGAGCCUUGAGCCUUGACUUGGCACUGAACCCCACCAGCACCUUCACCUCUCCCAGUCUAGCCUGUGCUGGGGAGGGUUUGGGGUUUAUCCAAAGCUGCUGCUGGUCUGGGCUAAACCCUGCACCCUCUUGGUGUGGGAGGAAUUGCUUUUGGGGGAAGCAUGGGGGAGGUGAUCCUGGGCGCUGGGGUGACACGGAUGGCAGCCAUCGUGAAGCUCUGGGAAGGCGACAGCCUCUUGUCAUGGGCUGCUCCACUGUACAGCAAAGGGGGCCCCGUGGGAGCCCCCCAGCCGAGCCUGCAUCCCUAUCCCCUCUGCCCAUCGCCUCCGGCUCCAAGGGUGCUGUGUCCUCUGGGAUCUCAACCAUCUGCUCCAGGGAUCUGGGGUCUGCUGAGGGAUUUAACCCAGCCCAGGGGAGGGAGGAGAGACCUUGAGCAUCCCUCCCCAUCCCUGUCCUUGGGGGUUCUCCAGCUGCAGGUGACUCCCCACUCCCAGGGAGGCAGAGGUACCAGUGGUGCUGCCAGAGGGGCAGGAUCUGGGGACCCUGACCCACAUCAGAGCCCACUGGUCACCCCCCAUGCUGAGGCAGCCGGGCUGUGCCUGGAUUAGCAGGCGCUAAGCUCCUUCUCAGUAACACAGCUCUGUCACUGGGUGAGUGGCACUGCCACCAGCCAUGGGGACACCACUGUCCCUGUGAGCUGCCAGCACCGAGGAGCCUCGUGGACCCUGAUGCCACUUCCUCCCCUGCAGUCCCCUGCGUGGCAGAGGCUUCAGUGGCUCGGGGUGGGGGUGCACGGAUAGCUGGCCAUGGCCCUGGCAGGGGGUGUCCCCCUCCCUGGCACCGGGGGGGCAUGGGGGCCACGGCACUUGCUGCAGUCACCCCCCGAGGAGGACGGGGUGCUGUAUGUGGACUACAAGCCCCCUGCCCUGGACAGCAUCCGCCUGCCCCGCUACGUCCUGUACCUGAUGAUGGCGGCAGCGCUGGUGCUGGUGGUGGCAUAUGCCAUUGUGGGGCACCUCAUCAAGGACCUGGUGCAUGACUUCGCCGACUGGGCAUUCGGGCCCAAGCCGGAAGAGAAGGCAGGGAUGGCCGAGGGCACCGUGCCAGAGGCAGAGUGGCUGGAGAAGGACGAGGUGCUGGUGGAGCAGAAGGCGGAGGACGAAGGCACCGGCAUCCUCUCCGGCUCGGACAUCCCGCUGGGGCUGCUCGUGCCACGCAGCUCCGUCUCCUUUGCCGACUCCCCCAAGAGGUUCUUCUAGGGCCAGGGGACACCCCUGCAGCCUUGCUUGACCAUUGGGUCACAGUGUGGCCCUGGCCGUAGGCACUGCCCAGCACUGGCACACAGCCUUCCCCUCCCUGCCCAGCCCUAGUGCUCCUCUUGGGGCUUCUCUUGAGCUGUCACCCCAAUAAAGCCACCUGCACCUUG